AUGAACCUGCAAGCAGGAGAAGAGCCCCCAGCUCGCGAAGGUCCAGAAAUGUUGUCUCCGCCCUCGACUCAACUGGCACCCACCAAUAUCUACCCUCGCACCCCAAUAGGAAACCUACGAGACUUCAAAUCGGCGGUAGACAACAGGAAAAAGGAGCUCGAAAACGGAAGAAUUGAAGACUCAUACCUAUCGUUCAGUGGUGUCACAUCACAACUUUUCGAAUCCAUCGAGAGCCGCCGCGACACCCUUGGAGCCAGCCGAGUCCGCUUCACGUAUUUCGCGGAUAUCGAGACUCUGAUCGUGAAAGUACCGUCCGAACCCCACGAGAGAGCCCACGCAAUAAUAGGACAUGAAAUCUUUCUCCGUCUGAGAGCGUCCAUGGCGGUUGACGGUGACGAAGUCGUUCCUGUUCAGUCAACUACAUUCCGUGGAAACAGGGGCUCGUCUAAGGAGGCCGACUCAGCGUUCAAGAACUUGAUUGUUAGACCUCAGGAUGCAUCCUGGCCCGUCUGGGCGAUUGAGGCUGGAAUGUCAGAUUCGCUAGAACGGCUCCGUGGAGACGCAAGCUGGUGGAUAAACCACUCUGAUGGUGAAGUUCAACUGGUCAUUCUUGUCUGGGUCAGGCCCAGUCAAAGAACCAUCAAGAUCGAGACUUGGGUUCCUGAGCGGAGAUUUCCCCCCCCCCCCCCCCUUGGGCCCAAUACCCGCUCGCGUAGCGCUAUCCCGACACUUUGGGUAUUAGCUUACCUCGGUACCUACUAUAAUAAUGAAGUCCUCUAUUGA